AUGGCAGCAACGCUGCGAUGCCCCGAGGUUGUUUUUGCAUUAGCCACUCGCUUAUCACCGUUAGACUUUCUUGAGGAGGUUGUGAACAAACGGUUAUUAUCGUCGAAAGUGUUACUACAGGGAGCUGUGCGAAAGGUGGUUGGGGCCGCGCCUCUUCAAGGGAAUAUCUACGACGCGGCAGAGGAGUUUUGGAUGCAUCAAGCACGCCUCGAGCUAGCUCUGCUGUGCAACCUGGAGGGACUGCAGCCUCCGUGUGACAACCUUGCCUUAUUCCUUCAAGACUAUCUUUCGUGCGUGACAUUCGUAUGCGCCGCGCAUUGA